UGUGGGGUGAGAACGCAAAAGAAAAUAUGGGUUUUCUGAAAGCGUCUUGCGCUAUACUUAAGCUGAGUUACUGCGAUCUAUGAUUUUCAAUCAUUUUUCCUCCGUACUCUUUCCCAGAAAGAACAACGGAAACCGGUUGGAAUGGAGGAAGCCGACGGAAACGGAAAGUCCAUGAAGGGCAGGGGUCGUCUGUGCUGCAUCUGUAACAAGAGAAGGGCCGCCCUCAAAAGACCCAAAACCCUUGAGCAGAUUUGCAGGGAGUGUUUCUAUGAGGUCUUUGAGGAGGAGAUCCAUCAGGUAAUUGUGGAGAACCAAUUAUUCAAGCCUGGUGAACGAAUUGCUCUUGGCGCCUCUGGUGGAAAAGAUUCCACAGUCCUUGCUUAUGUAUUAUCAGAAUUGAACCGGCGACACAAUUAUGGUCUGGAUCUCUUCCUCUUGUCAGUUGAUGAGGGCAUUACAGGGUACAGGGAUGACUCUCUUGAAACUGUCAAACGAAAUGAAAUUCAGUAUGGACUACCACUAAAAAUUGUCUCAUACAAGGAUCUGUACGGGUGGACAAUGGAUGAAAUCGUGAAGAUGAUAGGUUUAAAGAAUAAUUGCACAUUUUGUGGUGUUUUCCGCCGCCAGGCCCUUGAUCGAGGUGCUGCGUUGUUGAAAGUAGACAAGCUUGCUACUGGACAUAAUGCAGAUGAUAUUGCCGAAACAGUUCUUUUGAACAUUUUACGAGGAGAUAUUGCAAGAUUGAGUAGAUGCACUUCAAUAAUCACUGGUGAAGAUGGACCAAUUCCAAGAUGCAAACCUUUUAAGUACACAUAUGAGAAGGAGAUUGUUAUGUAUGCAUAUUUCAAGAGGCUGGACUACUUCUCCACUGAAUGCAUUUACUCUCCAAACGCAUAUCGUGGUUUUGUCCGUGAGUUCAUAAAGGAUUUGGAAAGAAUCAGACCUAGGGCCAUACUUGAUAUAAUCCAGUCAGGGGAGGAUUUCAGGAUUUCCACUUCCACAAAAAUGCCAGAGCAAGGGACUUGUGAACGCUGUGGCUACAUUUCGAGCCAGAAAUGGUGUAAAGCUUGUGUUUUGCUCGAGGGACUGAAUCGGGGAUUGCCAAAGCUGGGCAUUGGGCGGAGUCGAGGUCUUAGUGAUGAUCGUAAGAAGGGAAUAAAAGAAAAUAUUGGAACAAAGAGUAUCGAGAGCAAGCAAUGUGGAACUUUAGACUUCUGAUAUAGCAUGUUAGCAUCACUAAGCUUUUGUGAAAGAAAGUCCAGGGACCAAACCCCACUAAUGCACCUGACUUGAAAAUGAAGUUGCAGAAUUGGUUGCUUGGAUUGAAUCCAGCCUUUUGGUUCCAUAGGAACUAAAUGAAACGAAGAAGAAAAAGACCAGGGAGCCAAUUAGAGGAAAGGAGUUGUAUUUUUGGUAGGGUUAUAGUCUCAUAGUCUGGGAAGAAUCCCAUUACAUAGCAUGGAGUUAACAUGGCGGAGACUGCCUUCGUCUAUGACAAUGGCUGAUGAAAUAGCACUUUGCCCUUCAUAUUUUAUGUCGGUACACAUUACAAAACAAGUUUGUUUUCAGGGAAGUUCUUCGCAGUUUGCUAGUUAUGCAAACUUGAACGAUCACAGCUUCUAUUAUUUGAUGAAAAAAAUUUAUAGUUUAUAUUA